AUGACAUCGCCAAACGAUGUGGCCAUGGAAGACGGCCGGUCCUCUGGCACCCACGAGCCCUUUACUAUUGAAGAAAACAUCAGCCAGCUCAACGCCAUUGACAAAACCGCCGUGCAGCUCAUGGGCCAUGCCGCCACGGCACUCAACUCGCUCACCACGCCGUCGUCGGCCUCGGACUCCCCUGCCGAUUACAUGGCCGCCGAAAUUGACGCGCCCGCGGCCAAGAACGCUUUUACUGCAUCCACCGAUGCCUUUCUCACGGCGCUGCACGACAUCGACGUGCGCAUGAAGCGGCAGAUCAUGGCGCUUGAGGAGGCGGGCAUUGUCGACCUCAACAGCGCGUCGCGCGGCGACCCCAACGCACCGGCCAGGGCGUCGCUCAGGCCCAACGGCGUCGGUGCGGUCGGUAACCUGGAUGUUGGCUGGCUCAACAGCCGCAGCACAAAGGUCGAGCGGGACAUGGAGGCCGAGCUUUGGGACAAGGCCAAGAAGCUUCUCGAGGCGCAGUCGCAGGCGGGUAGCAGAUGA